UUAGCUCUCGACCAUCAUCCCCUCACGAUCCCUGCCCCUUGUCGCUCUUUCAUCACCGUUCAUAAGACAUCAUGGUCGCCCAGGCAGACGGCCGCGUGAACGAGCGCAUCGAGAACUACACCAAGUUCUGGCAAAAGGACAUCUCCAAGGACGGUGCAGACGACACUGCCAACCGUGUCGACAGCUACACGGACGUCGUCAACGGCUACUACGACGGCGCCACCGACCUGUAUGAGUUCGGCUGGGCGCGCUCCUUCCACUUCUGCCGCUUCUACAAGGGCGAGGCGUUCCAGGCGGGGCUCGCGCGCCACGAGCACUACCUCGCCGCGCAGAUGGGCCUGCGCCCCGGCAUGCGCGUGCUUGACGUCGGCUGCGGCGUCGGCGGGCCCGCCCGCGAGAUCGCACGCUUCGCGGACGUGAACGUCGUCGGCCUCAACAACAACGACUUCCAGAUCGGCCGCGCGCGCCGCUACACGAAGGAGGCCGGCCUCGAGGGCCAGGUGUCCUUCGUCAAGGGCGACUUCAUGAAGCUUGCGGAGCAGUUCGGCGAGAACACGUUCGACGCGGUGUACGCCAUCGAGGCGACCGUGCACGCGCCUGCGUUCGAGGGCGUGUACGGUGAGAUCAUGAAGGUCCUCAAGCCCGGAGGAGUGUUCGGUGUGUACGAGUGGGUGAUGACGGACGCCUGGGACCCGUCGAUCCCGUCGCACAAGGAGCUCGCGAACCGGAUCGAGCUCGGGAACGGCAUCCCAAUUAUGCGGCCGCUGAAGGACGCGCGCGACGCGAUGCGCAAGGUCGGCUUCGCCGUCGAGCACGAGGAGGACCUCGCAGACCGGCCGGACGAUGUGCCGUGGUACUACCCGCUCGAGGGCGACGUCUUCAAGGCGCAGACCGCGUGGGACUACAUCACCGUGUGGCGGAUGAGCUGGAGCGGCAAGCUUGUGACACAUUACGGUGUGUGGGCCCUUGAGCGGGUAGGUCUUGUCCCGAAGGGGACAUGGGAGGUCGGUGAGGCCCUCAAGAUUGCCGGUGACUCGCUCGUCGAGGGUGGCAGGACAAAGCUCUUCACACCAAUGUACCUCGCCGUCUGCCGCAAGCCCGCACAAAACUGAGUGGAUGGUUCCCGCUGUCUUGUCGCUGUUUCUUUCGUUUCCCUUGGGACUGCAUAUACAUACCCUGGUAAUAACAGCCUGACGAGCCUUACGCUUGGAGGGUCUGUCGUUUGGAUAACGUCGUAAUCGAUCGCAUUGCCAUGCA